CAGCAGCAAACGCGCAGAGAAAAAUCACUGAUACAAUGGCCAUCAGGGGCAGCAUCGGCUUCGCAGUGCUCUGCGUCGCGCUGAUGCUGCACGCCGCGGCGACGGCGGCGGCGGCCAGGACCGUGCCUAUGCCGGGCGCCUCCUCGACGUCCACCGGCAGCACCGCGUCGCUCCCGGCCGCGGCCGGCACCAAGAACGACGACUCUGGCUCGGGCGGCGCCGGCGUGGCGGACAAGAAGAACCUCUUCGUGGGCGUGGGAGGCAUGGGCGACCUCCCGGGCUUCCCGGCCGUGGGCGGCGGGUACGGCGGCGGCUUCGGCAACAACGGCGGGGGCGUCUUCAGCGGCGUCACGGGCCCGCUGGGCGGCGUCGGGGGCGGCGUCGGAGGCGUCGGCCCGCUGGGCGGCGUCGGCGGGUUCGGGCCCCUCGGCGGCGGUGGCGGCGGUAUCCCGUUUGGCGGCUUCGCUGGCGGCGGCACCCCCUUCGGCGGCUACGGCGGCGGGGGCGCUGGCGCUGGCGGCGUCACGCCUUGAGCUGGCCCUGGGCUGCGGGAGGUGCCUGGUCUAGUAGAUGCAUGCGUGUGUUGCGCGUGGUACGUGGGUAUGGCACGUAACAAUAAUUUAUAUCGUACGUGUAGAGUUCGUUUCGCUGUAGCGCUGUCUGUGCAAGUGUGCAGCAUGUCUGGCCGUGUGUUCGUCACGUUAGGGCUUGUGUGUGUGUUUGAGGUCCGAGUCCGGGUAGUUCUUAGCAGUGUGCUUGUGUGGGGGAUCCAGUUAAUGUGUGCUCAUGUACCAGCCGCUUAGCUGCAACUGCAAGUAAUAGUUAAAUGUGGUGUGUAUUU